AUGAAACCGGUUUGUCCUUUUGUUAAAAUCCCUCGGCCGGACGAUAGUAAUGCUUCUAAAAAACCGAGUGAAAACUCAACUAAAUAUCAUGUAGAACAUGAAAGUAAGGUGAAUAAAGAGGUUAAUGACUCGGCCAGCGUUUCACCGAAGUGUCCAAUGGGAUAUGACUCUCAGACGUUUAAGCUUGGUCCUCUUAGCUGUAUGGUGUGCCAAGCGCUGCUGUUCGACACCAGUAAAUGUGUGCCUUGUUUGCAUGUUUUCUGCAAAGCAUGUAUAUCGCGCUUUGAGGACUGUCCGUUAUGUGGAGCUGAUAUUGUGAAGAUUGAGCCCGAUGACAAUCUUCAAGGUGUAGUCGAUCGCUUUAUUGAAGGUCAUGCUAGGAUCAAAAGGUCUGUUAAUUUAGACAAAGGCGAAGAAGCAACAGAAAAUAAUAAGCCGGUUAUAUACGAAGAUGUGUCUUUGGAAAGAGGUUCUUUCUUAGUACAACAGGCCAUGAGGGCAUUCCGCGCUCAGAAUUUAGAAAGUGCCAAAUCAAGACUCAGCCUAUGUGCAGAAGACAUUCGUAGUCAGAUAGAAAAAGUUGGUAACACUUCAGAGUUAUGUUCACAACUUGGAGCAGUCUUGGGUAUGCUCGGCGACUGCUGGUAUGUUGUAGGAUAUUAUCGUUGUAUUCUAUGA